AUGGCAGAACUACUCCCUUUACAGUAUUCUUCCGUUCCUCACGACCAAAAGACACCACAAGCUACAAACAGUGGCACUGCUACCACCACAACACCGAUUGCCAAAAGCAUUACUGAGAUGCCGAGAAACUCAAGAGCGUCAUCAGACGCCUCAGGACACCCUGAGAGCACCCCGACCUCACCCAGUCUGAGCCGAAGGAGCACCGAGUCGACUCACCUAGAACGGCGCAAUUCAAGACUCGGCGGCGUAAUGGACCAUAUUAGAGAAAGUCUCUCUCAAGAACAAGAACGACUCUUUGGGCCCCGUAAGUCGGCUCAGCAACACCGCCAAUACCAAGCCAAGGUGGGUGAGCACCUGGAACACCUACGCGAGCAAGACAAAGCCGACCGAGCUCGUGCUGAGGAGGAGAUGAUAUGGGAAGAUAACAACAAUGGUGCCAGCCCGGCCGUACAAGCCCGUAAGUUCUUCGAUUUGAACGAGAAUUCUAUGGGCGCUGAUUCCGAGGAAGUACGGCAAAGACAGUGGAGUUGGGGUUGGCCAGGACUCGGAAACUACCCUGAUGCAGCAAAGGAUGCUCCAAAGCCUCGACAAUUGAGCCAUUCUACGACACACAGCCCGGAUCUGGAACACAAGUUGGAAGAAGCAACUUACGAGGCCAUCGACAGUGCAGCUGAGUCCGAGAGCUUUGGCUGGCCUGGGCUCGGUGACUUCCCAGCCUCCAAGAAACCAUGA